AUGUCCCGUUUCUCCUAUUCCCCAGUCCCCUCCAACGCCCCCCGUCCCUCCAACGCCCCCCGUCCCUCCCUCGCCAUCGUCCUGGUCCUCCACACUGCGUUUGAAGCGCCUGAGAGGGACCGGCUGGGACUGAGGGGGCUGCUGCCGCCAGGGUACCAGACAAUGGACGACCAAGUGGCGCAAUUCAUGGCGGAGUACAGGAAGCUGGACCACAAGCCCGUCAUGCCUCUAGCCCUGCCACUCACCUUCCGCUCAUGCUCUCCCAACCCCCUCCCACCACCAGUGGCGGAGUAUAGGAAGCUGGAUCAGAAGUUCCUCAUGCCCCUCAUGCCUCUGCAAUUGGCUGAGUACAGGAAGAUGGAGCAGAAGCCCGUCAUGCCGGACGACCCGGUUGACCUGCAGAAGUGGCGCAUUCUCAACCGCCUGCACGACCGCAACGAGACGCUCUACUACCGGCCCCUCAUGCUGGACGAUCCGGUUGACCUGCAGAAGUGGCGCAUUCUCAACCGCCUGCACGACCGCAAUGAGACACUGUACUAUCGGAAGUGGCGCAUUCUCAACCGCCUGCACGACCGCAACGAGACGCUCUACUAUCGGAAGUGGCGCAUUCUCAACCGCCUGCACGACCGCAACGAGACGCUCUACUACCGGCCCCUCAUGCUGGACGAUCCGGUUGACCUGCAGAAGUGGCGCAUUCUCAACCGCCUGCAUGACCGCAAUGAGACACUGUACUAUCGGAAGUGGCGCAUUCUCAACCGCCUGCACGACCGCAACGAGACGCUCUACUAUCGGAAGUGGCGCAUUCUCAACCGCCUGCACGACCGCAACGAGACGCUCUACUACCGGCCCCUCAUGCUGGACGAUCCGGUUGACCUGCAGAAGUGGCGCAUUCUCAACCGCCUGCACGACCGCAAUGAGACACUGUACUAUCGGAAGUGGCGCAUUCUCAACCGCCUGCACGACCGCAACGAGACGCUCUACUAUCGGAAGUGGCGCAUUCUCAACCGCCUGCACGACCGCAACGAGACGCUCUACUACCGGCCCCUCAUGCUGGACGAUCCGGUUGACCUGCAGAAGUGGCGCAUUCUCAACCGCCUGCAUGACCGCAAUGAGACACUGUACUAUCGGAAGUGGCGCAUUCUCAACCGCCUUCACGACCGCAACGAGACGCUCUACUACCGGGUCUUGAUAGACCACAUUCAGGAGAUGAGUCGCAUCCUCUACGUCCCAACAGUCGGCACCGUCCUGAUAGACCACAUUCAGGAGAUGAGUCGCAUCCUCUACGUCCCAACAGUCGGCACCGUGUGUCAAAAGUACAGCAGUCUGUUCCGGCGGCCCCGAGGCAUGUACUUCAGUGCGGCUGACCGCGGCGAGAUGGCGAGUAUGGUGCACAACUGGCCGGCAGACAAGGUGGAUGUGAUAGUCAUGACAGACGGCAGCAAGGUGCUGGGCCUGGGAGACCUGAGAGUGCAGGCCAUUCCCAUCCCGUGCUGGGAGGCUGGCCGACCCGUGGAUGUGAUAGUCAUGACGGACGGCAGCAAGGUGCUGGGACUAGGAGACCUGGGAGUGGUGGUGGAUGUGAUAGUGAUGACGGAUGGCAGCAAGGUGCUGGGGUUGGGAGACCUCGGAGUGCAGGCCAUAGCCAUUCCGGUGGGCAAGCUCGACAUGUAUGUCGCUGCAGCCGGCAUCCCCCCCAACCGGGUGAGUGUGAAAAGAGGAGCGAGUGACCUGGUAGUGCAGGCCAUGGCCAUCCCGGUGGGCAAGCUCCACAUGUACGUCGCUGCUGCUCUCAUUCCUCCCAACAGGGUGCUUCCAGUGAUGUUUGAUGUCGGCACCAACAACGAGGCUCUCAUAAAGAAUCCCCUCUACCUGGGCUUGCGCCACCCUCGACUGGAUGGGGAGCACUACCUCUCUCUCAUGGACGAGUUUAUGGAAGCCGUCUUCUCACGCUGGCCCAACGUGAUCGUGCAGCACUACCUCUCUCUCAUGGACGAGUUCAUGGAAGCCGUCUUCUCUCGCUGGCCCAACGUGAUCGUGCAGUUUGAGGACUUUGAAAUGCGGUGGGCCAACACCCUCAUGGAUCGCUACAAAUCCCAGUAUCGAAUCUUCAACGAUGAUAUCGAGGCGGUGGGAGGGAGGGCACUGAAGGGGGGAAGUGAGUGCAUAUGGGCAGCAAGGGCUAACACUCUCAUGGAUCACUACAAGUCACAGUACCGCAUCUUCAAUGAUGAUAUCGAGGCGGUGGGAGGGAGGGCACUGAAGGGGGGAUGUGAGUGCAUAUGGGCAGCAAGGGCUAACACUCUCAUGGAUCACUACAAGUCACAGUACCGCAUCUUCAAUGAUGAUAUCGAGGUGCGCACUCCUACCAGUGGUACAGGCGGUGGGAGGGAGGGCACUGAAGGGGGGAUGAGAGUGCAUGUGGGCAGCAAGGGCUAA